UCUUUGUAACGGUAGAAUUUACAUUAUAUAUAUCCUCUUCAGUUUCCCUCUUUAUAUACCUUCAUCAUCUCCCUCCAAAAGCAAAAAAUAUUAUACAAAACAAUCCUCCUCUACCAUGGCUAAUCUACUUCAAACUUGUUUCUUCUUCAUACUAUGCUUUUUUCAUGUUACCCUUCUCGCAGAAUCACAGUCGUUUAUCGGUAUAAACUAUGGCCAAAUUGCAGACAAUCUCCCAGCACCAGAAGCAACAGCCAAAUUACUACAAUCCACUUCAAUUGAAAAAGUCCGUUUAUACGGAUCCGACCCGACAAUUAUCAAAGCAUUAGCAAAUACGGGUAAAGGAAUCAUGAUCGGAAUAUCCAACGGUGAUAUUCCGGUUAUGGCAUCUGACCCGAAUUUCGCUAAACAAUGGUUAAGUACUAAUGUACUUCCAUUUUAUCCAGCAAGUAAAAUCAUCGUAAUUAAUGUUGGAAAUGAGGUUAUGAUAUCAAAUGACCAAAAUUUAAUGACUAAUUUAUUGCCAGCUAUGCAAAAUUUACAGAAAGCUUUAAAUGAUGUUUCAAUUGGCGGGAAAAUUAAGGUUUCAACGGUUCAUGCUAUGUCUGUAUUGAAACAAUCGGAGCCACCAAGUUCGGGUAUUUUUGACCCGAGUAUUGGUGAUUUGUUGAAAGGAUUAUUGGAGUUUAAUAAAGAAACUGGUUCACCAUUUGCAAUUAAUCCUUAUCCGUUUUUCGCGUAUCAGAGUGAUCCUAGACCUGAUACAUUGGCGUUUUGUUUGUUUCAACCUAAUUCGGGUCGAUUUGAUGCUGGUACCAACAUUAAGUACACCAACAUGUUCGAUGCUCAGGUGGAUGCGAUAAGAGCAGCGCUUAAUGCAAUGGGAUUCACGGAAGUAGAGAUUGUAGUUGCUGAAACUGGGUGGCCUUAUAAGGGAGACAGCAAUGAGGUUGGGCCAAGUAUUGAGAAUGCAAAGGCUUACAAUGGCAAUUUGAUUGCUCACUUGAGGUCAAUGGUUGGUACUCCUUUGAUGCCUGGUGUAUCAGUAGAUACCUAUCUCUUUGCCAUCUAUGAUGAGGAUCUGAAACCAGGACCAACUUCUGAGAGAUCAUUUGGACUUUUCAAGCCUGAUUUAACCAUGAGUUAUGAUAUUGGACUUUCUAAAGCCAACAGCCAGGUUCCAACACCAAAAACUCCGGUGACUCCCUCGCCGGAUGCAUCCCCAACAACUCCAGUGACUCCCUCGCCAGAUCCAGGGCCCAAAGCUCCUGUGACUCCCUCAUUGGUUCCAACGCCAAACACCACGGUGACUCCCUCGUCACCAAAGACAGAGAAAAGUGUCAAGGCAGGUGUAUCAGAUGCUCAAUUGCAAGCAAAUAUCAACCUGGGGAUGCUUUUUUUGAGCCAAAUACUGUGGUACCCCAUGCUGCAUAUGCGAUGAAUCUCUUUACCAAAAUUAACUAAAGAAUCCUUUGAACUGUGAUUUCUCACAGACAGCAUCCCUCUCAUCGGCAAAUCCUAGUAACCUGCUCAGUUGUCUUCUGUUACUAGAUUUCAAAGGUUCUAUUUUUGCUUAGGUUUUGUACCGGAAAAUGCAAUAUUUUGAAGUUAUAAUGGCUGCAGUUAUCCCAAUGGGAAGUACUUGAGAGCAGAGGCAGUUUGUAAUAGUAGGAUAGCUUUAUUGGUGAUGAUGUUUUCCUCUUGUUCUUGUUAUUGUGAAGUGGAUGGUGUAUAUUUUGCGUGAAUAAAAUGAUCACGCAAAGUACAGCUUCUAUUACAUGUUAAAGGAAUUUGUUUGAUUCCUUACCUAUAUGUCAAAGAAAUUGUGAUGUUUAGCCACCUUGUAUGAUUUGUUGUUUAGUGAGUUGUAUGGUUUGUACCUAGUACCCUUUUGUCAACUGUUCAUAUAUAUCAAGUUGCAGUACAUAUUUAUUGA